GCAGGGGAGACAGGCAGAGCUCUGGGGCUUCCGGGCCACUGUUGACAAUUCCCGUAGUGAUGCCCUGCUGUCUGUUCACAGACCUUGGCCUGAAUGGAUCCUGAACAUGCAGCGGCACAAGGCAGCCCACUGAGCAACACCCUCUCCCCUCCAUGUGGGUGACAUGGACUCCUGUGAGGAGCUUCACCGCAUGAUCGCCCCCGUCACCCACCGCACGCCAUCACCAGCUGCAGUUGGCAAUGGAUCCAGGGACCACUGUGUACAGUCCAUCUGCCUUCAGUUACCCAUCCAGGAGUGAGACAGGGGCCAGGGCUGCUGAUACCUGGAGAGCUGCUGCCCUCACAUCUGAAUGCCCUGCGCGUGAGCCAUGGGGCCAAGAGGAGCCCACGGCGGUGGAGAGCCAGGCCCCGUUCAAAGAAGGCAGCCAGCAGCUCCAGAAGCAGCCGGCGGUGGGACAGUGGAAGCCGCUGGCAUCAUCCAGCGGUGGGAAGGAGCUGCCGCAGUUGGAUCCUCGCUGCAGGGAGGCAGGUGGGGGAGACGACCAAUCCACGGCGCAGCUCAAUGUCUCCCGCCUGCGCAGUUCCUCAGUGGAGAUCCGUGAGAAGGGAUCAGAGUUCCUGAAGGAGGAGCUCCACAGAGCACAGAAGGAGCUGAAGCUGAAGGAUGAGGAAUGUGAGAGGCUGUCAAAGGUCAGAGAGCAGCUGGAGCAGGAGCUGGAGGAGCUGACAGCCAGUCUGUUUGAGGAAGCGCACAAGAUGGUAAGAGAUGCAAACACUAAGCAGGCAGCGUCAGAGAAGCAGCUGAGGGAGGCACGAGGAAAGAUCGACAUGCUGCAAGCAGAGGUAACUGCUUUGAAGACUCUGGUGAUCACUUCCACACCUUCCUCUCCAAACCGGGAGCUGCACCCCCAGCUCCAAAGUCCCUCCAAAACUGUCUUCAGGAAAGGGCACGGGCGGAACAAGAGUGCCAGCAGCGCAGUAGUCACAGCCACCAGCCAGAGCUUGCCUGUGGAGUCGGUCAGCAACGAGUGCAAAGAGUUUGGCGUGCCCACUCUCCUCUCUCUGCUCCUCUGUAUUGUCCCGGGGAAGGCCAUCCACAUCACCUACGAGCCAGGCUGGCAGGCCCUGGUGGCAGAUUCUUCCUCGUCAUCCUCCUUGCGGCAGCUCGCUGCAGGUCGACUCCAUCCUAUUCGCCGAGUUCCAGGCCUGGAAGGAAUCCCCGACUCUGGAAAAAUCCUGCUCCUUCCUGGAGAGGAUUUACCGGGAAGAUGUGGGGCCCUGCCUGGACUUCACCAAACAGGAGCUAUCAGAGCUAGUGCGGGAGGCCGUGGAGCAGAACACGCUCACCAUAGAGCCCGUGGCUACCCAGGCACUGCCCGUGGUGAAGGUGUCGGCGAUGGAAUGUGGCGGACCAAACGGGUUCCGGUCGCAAAUUGUAACGAAGUGCGCUCUGAGUGGCCUGUCCCGAGCCUGCAAACACCGCAUCAAGCUGGGGGAUUCUGGGAACUAUUAUUACAUCUCACCAUCCUGCAGGGCCAGGAUCACAGCCGUAUGCAACUUCUUCACCUACAUUCGCUACAUCCAGCAGGGCUUGGUGAGACAGGAUGUGGAGCUGAUGUACUGGGAAAUCAUGCGGCUCAGGAGGGAAAUGUCCAUGGCCAAGCUGGGCUUCUACCCCAGUGCGAUGUAGGCUGGGCCUCGCCGUCUGAAGGGAGCUGCCCCAGCACGAACGUCACGUACUCCAGCAGACAGACAGACUGAGGCAGCGCAUCUACGCCGACGGGGUUCCCUCCUUCUCCCAGCCUGACGUGAACCGCAGAGGGGAGGAGCAGAGUUCCCCCGUCCAAAGGCCUCCUUGCUGCCGUUCUCACAGUGACUAUGAGAUGCAGACACCCUCACCUCCCCCCAGAGAUGGGCCGGUCCUUUGAGCUCUGGGGGGUGGCCAGCGCUAAGUUCUGUCCAUAGUGGACCCUUUUCUCUAUGCUGCCUAUAGCCAGUUUUUUUAAUUUUAUACACAAUCUUGCUUCUGCGGAUUUUCCGAGACCUGCUGUGCACGAGGCGGGUCCUGGGCUCCUCUGUUUGGCAGAGGGUCCUUUUGCACCGAACUGCAGCUGGGCCUUCUCACAUCCACCCCUCUGCCUGAGCGAGGCAGGGGUGCAGUAUUGCUCGGCUAUGCCCCCAGCAAAUGCCAGCACCGCACAGUAAUCUCACUGAGAGCCAUGCAAAGCAUGUUUUCCAAGUGCUUCCCUGCUCCUCUGGCAGUCACCUGUAGGAGUCACUUUCCAUUCGCUCAGUCACAAAGAGGGGUUUGAUUCUCUUUUCAGCUCAGGGUUUGGUUUUGUAACCCAGCUCAGAGCUGCCGCUGGGAGAGCUACAGCGUAGGCCAAAGCUCCAUGCCUGGGGCCUCGGUCGCAGUGCAAAUGGAAAUUGCAGAACAGAAACUUGGCCACAGCUAUGCUGAGGUUGGCUGUACAAGGCUGCAGACACUGUCUCUUCAGGUCCUUGUGAGGCAGCGGUGCCCGGCUAUGGUCACUGCAGGAAUGAGCAUCUCCCUAUUGCUUUGCUAUAAA